AUGUUGGAGCCUAUACUGCCUCCGCCCCUGUUUACAAUUAUCCUUUCUCAUUUACCCAUUUUCUUUUCGUUAACCUAUAACAAAAUCAAGAAGAGAUCUUCGCUGAUCAUGGAGGUAAUGCUGCGAAUCGCCACCGACUACACACCUCCUCUGUCAUUGUUUGUUACGGCAAAAGUCGGGGGAAUUUCUAUCACUGUCAGAGACAAACUCCGGUCCGGCAAUCCACCCUUCAUUAUCCUACCAUGCGAGCGGCUAAAGGUAGAAGGGAGAGACGAGAUUCUUCGGUACUUUUGUUGUAAAGGAUCAGUUCGCAACUUGUAUGACCGUGAUGACAAGUAUGAAACUGAGGAGCUUUUUCAGUGGCUCCAGGAUGCCCACGCCCGUUUUUCUAGUUCAUAUUAUGAGGGGGCAUGCACGCACUUUGAUAGGCGUUUGAUGCAACGCACUUUUUUGGUUGGUGAUUGUUUAUCACUUGCAGAUAUUGUUCUCUGGUCAUAUCUUGCAGAGAUAGGUAAGAAAUGGGAAAGAUUGAUGGAGUCAAAAAAGUACCAAAACUUGGCUGAAUGGUACAACAUGUUGUCUAGACAAUACGAUUUGGAUGAAGAGAGAGCAACUUAUUUAGCAACAUAUUCCUUGAAAGAAGAUUAGGAAGAAGGACUCAUUUGUAGCAAACAAACAACGAAUAAGUUUUCAACUGACCCGAAGUUGAUCUCUUGGAUGCCGAAAUCGGAAUAGUAACACUAGUAGUAUCUUACUAUCAAUUCUUCCUAAUACAACAUUGCACUUUAAAAAACCUACCUAGUUAUAACAAUGUCAUCC